AUGGAUGAAACUACAGAUAUUUCUGAAAUAAAACAGUGUGUAGUUGUCAUCAUAUAUUUUGAUAUAAAAUCAAUGACUGUAAAAACUCAGUUUUUGGAUAUGAUUGAAACAGUUUCAGGAACGGCUGAUGAUCUGACAGAUACUCUUCUGAAAUGUGCUUCAGAUAAAGGGAUAGAGAAAAAUAUGAUGGUUGGAUUUUCUCCAGACACAACAAAUGCCAUGGCCGGCAAAUUCCACUCUGUUUUUACAAAUUUGAAAACUGCUGUACCAGGUAUUGCUUGUAUUAAGUGUUCCUGUCACAUGAUUCAUUUUUCUGCAUCCAAGGCUUUUCUAAAACUACCACGUUCAAUCGAAGAUCUAUUGCGAAACGUGGGAUCUCAUUUUAGUAGAAGUCAUUCACGUCAAUCCAAAUACAAAAAUUUUCAGGAAUUUUUUCAAGCGGAAAUGCACAAAAUAUUAUCACCAUGUACAACUCGCUGGCUGUCACUAAAAGCGUGUGUUGACAGAAUAUUAGAACAAUUUCCUGCUCUUAAAGAAUAUUUUAGACUGGUCAAUUUUGAAGAUCCCUCCAAAACGUCAGAAUUAAUUUUUAGUACCAUAGAAAAUUCCUUUAGUAUAUUCUACCUCGAAUUCAUGUCAUAUUCCACUUGGUCUCCUGACGAAUUUCAACACUUUGUUUCAUGGGGAAGGGCCUCUAUUACAUCUACUAAAACCUGGAAUUGA